CUCUUUCUGUCAUUGUGCACUUUUAGUGGAUCACUGGACCAGAAACUUUCUCAGACACAGAGCAGACACAAACACAGAGUGGUUCAAAGCAGGAGUUUAUCAUGCCGGACGUCAUGGAGCUGCUUUUCAUUUCCCUCGGUGCAGCAGUUGUCGUUUACUAUGGAAUGAAACUUCUGUUUUCCAGCAGGAUGCUUUUUCCAAAACUGUGGUUUCCACUGUCAAAGACAUUCUUUACCUCAAUGGGAGAGUGGGCAGUGGUGACCGGUGCUUCAGAAGGAAUAGGGAGAGCGUACGCAUUUGCACUGGCCGAGCGAGGGAUGAACGUGGUUAUCAUGAGCAGAACAAAAAUAACUUUGGACCAAGUAGCAAAGGAAAUAGCUGAUAAAACAGGGCAGAAGGUGAAAGUGAUAGUGACGGACUUCACAAAGGAAAAUGUCUUCGGUGAAAUUAAGGAUCAACUUGAGGAUCUCAACAUCGGGAUUUUAAUCAAUAAUGUCGGCAUGUUGCCCAACUUCAUCCCCAGCACAUUCCUGGAGUGUGCAGACCUGGAUCAGACAAUUACCAAGGUGAUCAACUGCAAUGUGAAGACAAUGGCCAAGAUGUGCAGAAUAAUCCUUCCAGGCAUGGCCCACAGAGGAAAAGGGCUGAUUGUGAAUAUUUCAUCUGGAGUUGCUUGCAUCCCUUUCCCCCUGUAUACCCUGUAUUCCGCGUCCAAGGUGUUUGUGGAGAGAGUUUCUCAAGGUCUUCACGCUGAAUACAAAGAUAAAGGGGUUAUAAUACAGGCGGUCGCUCCAUUCGGGGUCUCCACUCGGAUGGCCUGCUACGUUCACACCAACAUCGUGACGCCGUCGCCAGAAGACUUCGUAAAAAGCUCCCUGUGUUACCUGAGAGCUGGAGACAAGACAUACGGCAGCGUCUGUCACACACUCAUGGGCUGGGUUCUGCAGUCUGUUCCUCUCAAGCUUAUCCAUGCAGAGUCAAUGUUACACAGCCUGCAGCACUAUGUGAAGAAGAAACACUGAAUCUCUGCAUCAAGUGCAACUUUUUAAAAUGAAAUAAAUUAAUAAACAGGAAGACUCACUUGAAGUCAUUUGGCUCAAAUAUCUUUAAAUAUAAAUAUACAUGUGAAACUGGUCUCUACAAAUCAUCGUUUUUGGUUCUUUGAUGGAUGGUCUAACUUUUAAAGUUUUGUCAAUAGGGAUUCUAGACGCCGGUGUGAUAUUUAUUUCUGUUUUUAGCAUUUGUUACAUAGUUGGUAAACCACCCUCAGGAAAGCACAUUUAUGAAUCAUUUCUUUAUGUAUGUAGUUUUUGUUUUCAUCUAUUAAAUGUGUUUAGCUCUUCUGUCUGUCCUGAUGAGGGGUCCUCACCAACUCUCUCUGAGGAUUCUACAUUUCCCCCCCUGUCAAAUAUGGUUGUUUUUUCUCACAGAGGAUGUCGCAUCUUGUUAAGCUCUAUAAGGACAAAUUGACCUGCAUGUCCCUCUGUGUAUUUGUGUAUAUUUAUUUUCUUAUACUUCAGUGUAAAGGUAAAUAAGUCUGUGUCCAGCCUCUCGACCAAUGUCAUUUGUUCAAAUGUCUUUAAAUCUAAAUAAAAACAAUGACCAUCCCAUGUGGAUAAUCAGGGACA